GGCAGCCCAAAAAGACUAGCUAUGCGUCCAAGCAACGCAUUAAUCUGAGACUUCAGUGCAACCAACUCACACAUGAUGAAUAUUCAAGCACUCAUCGCUAGCUGGCUGCUGCACCAGACCACAGCAUUUCUAAGGCCACCACUGCCCUCUGCAGCUGUACGCAGAGCGUUAUUGGGCGAAGGCGUCAUCGGCGAAGGCGUCCUCGACGCCGCCGCAGCGCCGCAACGAAUCGGUGAAGGCAUCAUCGACGCGGCGCCGAUCGUCGAGGCGCCACGACUCAUCGGCGAGGGCGUCGUCCUCGACGCCGUGCCCGACGCAUCGCCGAUCAACGCCGGCAGCCUCUUACUUCUCGCGGCCGUCGCCGUCGCGGGGGUCGCCGCCUUCGUGUCGCAGAACUUCGAGCCGAACCCAGACAUGCAACGCGUCGAGCCGAGCCCGAGCGCGUACGACGCGCCGCAGCCGGAGAUAAUCUUCGCCGACAGGACGGCACCGCAGCCGGAGGCCCUCUUCGCCGACCGGACGUAUUACGUGGUAAGGUGGCGGUCGCGCCGCGACACGGUCUACGAGGGUUUGAAUUCGGUCGCGGAGUCCGCCAAGGCCGGCACGGACGUUUCAGUAAGAUGCAUCUCACUCAUGGAGGCGAACGCGUUGACGCGGCGCCUGGUCAAGGCCGAUCCGGGCGUCGCGGCCCAAACCUUCAAGAUCACGGGGUCGACGGUGACGGCGCUGGCCCCGGGCGGCGGGAGCUCCACAGGUAGCGCCGAGGACGAAGCCUGGGUCGGCGAUUUUACAGAUAUCGUCACGGGCGCGACCCCGGCACCGGUCGGCGGCACGGUGCCGGUCCCCGGCUCGGCGCCGGUCAGCACCGACGACGACCGGCAAGCGAUCUGGGACGACCUGGCCCAGGACGAGGCCGAGCGCGAGGCAGCUGAGGCGCGGACGGACGUCGACGAGCAGUGGUCGAAGUACCUCGAGUCGCUGAGGGUCACGAAGGGCGAGAUCGAUUCUGUAGUCAUCGGCGGCGUCGACGGCCCGGCGCCGUGUCGUCUGUGCAACGGCAAGGGCUACCGCGUCCUGUUCGGCGGCAGGGGCGCGAAGGAGGCGCCGUGCGAGUGGUGCGGCGGGCGCGGGUACGAGGAGGAGGACUCUUGAAGUGUAAUUUUGUGUGCG